UCGCUUUUGCCCAACUCUUGGGUUAAUGCCCAACCCUAUGGCUGUCCCGUUUGUCCUCCACCCGUUAAAAUCUUCCCAAACCCAGAAGAAAAAACUAACCCCCAUAUCUUGUGAUAUACUAUACGUACACAUUCACAAGCACUUAAUAUAUCUUUUGGAUAAAUGUGUCUUCCCCAAUUAUGCUCCAACGAAGGGUCUAGGGUUCUCCCCUUGCAAAACAAUCUUGGGUUUUCCCUUUGCCUGGGUUUCGAAGUUGCUCCGAACACAGGUUUUGUAUCUGUGGAGGCCCAAUUGAAGUUUAUGGGAGCGAAAGCGAUGAAUUACUGUGGCUUUGGAGUAUGCAGAUCACGUAAGCGGAAGACUGAGACUCAAGCAGAAGAGAUUGUUACCAACAAUGUGAGGCUGUUUAGCUAUAAUUCACUGCGAUCAGCAACAAGGGACUUCCAUCCAUCCAACAAAAUAGGCGGUGGUGGUUUUGGAGUUGUUUAUAUGGGAGUUUUAAGGGAUGGUACUUGCAUUGCCGUCAAAUGUCUGUCUGCUGAGUCAAAGCAAGGGACCAAGGAAUUUUUGACAGAGAUUAAUAUGAUCUCAAAAAUCCGUCAUCCAAACCUUGUUGAACUAAUUGGUUGCUGUAUUGAGGGCAGCAAUCGGAUAUUGGUCUACGAAUAUCUCGAGAACAACAAUCUGGCUAGUGCUUUGCUUGGUUCAAAGAGUAAAGGUAUCUUUCUGGAUUGGCCUACGAGAGCCACUAUUUGUAUGGGUACGGCUUCUGGUCUUGCAUUUCUUCAUGAGGAAGCCGAACCACCUAUUGUCCACCGAGAUAUUAAGGCCAGCAAUAUACUUCUUGAUGGAAACUUCCAUUCUAAAAUAGGAGAUUUUGGGCUGGCAAAACUGUUUCCUGACAAUGUCACUCACGUUAGUACUCGGGUGGCAGGAACAAUGGGAUACCUCGCUCCUGAGUAUGCGUUGUUAGGACAGCUUACUAAGAAAGCAGACGUAUAUAGUUUUGGGGUGCUUGUACUUGAAAUAUUAAGUGGCAGAAGUAGCAGUAAAUCGACAUUUGGAGUGGAUCUGUUGGUUCUGGUGGAAUGGGCAUGGAAGCUGAGAGAGGAAGGCAGGUUACUAGACAUUGUUGAUCCGGAAUUAACUGAAUACCCGGAGGACGAGGUAAUUCGAUUCAUCAAAGUUGCUCUAUUUUGUACCCAAGCAGCUUGUAAUCAAAGACCAGGAAUGAAGCAAGUGGUGGAGAUGCUUUCCAAAGAAGUAAUACUCAACGAGAAGUUAUUGACGGAGCCAGGAGUACAUCUGGCACAUACCUCUCGGGGAUUGGUUGGUGAUAGUUCGCGGGCGACCUCUCACUUUGCGACACAGAUGUUACCUCGGUGAUGUAUGUACAGUAUUUUGAGUUAGAUGAUUUUCGGAACUACCAAAUUGCGACAUUUUAGUCAUCUUUUUCUUUAAGAAACAGCCUUGUUCGUUUGGAUGAAAAGUCAAUUGGGGCUUUGCUUUUACUUUGUGUACUACUUCAGCCAGAAGAUGUGGUUUAUCUCACAUAUAUGCAUCUUUUUCUUCCUUUCCUUUCC